AUGGUUUCCGAUUUCAAAAAGAAAGUUGAUGCCUUCCUCAAAAAAAACAAUUAAAAAUCUAAUUUAAUGAGCAAUACUAAAAUAGCAUCUUCAUUAAAAGAAUUGGAAUUACUUCAAUAAAUAAAAAAUGAAGAAUUAUUGAAUAAGUCUUUAUGUUCUAACAAAUACACUGUUAAGACGGAAAGUAUACCUUUGAAUUCAUUAAUCUUUAGAAAAAUCAAUGAAAGCCAUGGAAAUAUUUAUUCUUGGAAACAAUAAGGUUGUUACUAAAUAAGUAAUAUCAAGUGAACUCAUUCAAUCAAGAUUAUUGAAAUAAAUGGAAACAUUUUUAAAAGAUGACAGAUUCAAUUAUGAUUUAAAGUACAUACUUAUACUUAUAUUUAGAAUGACAACAAUGAUAGAAUAAUAUGCAGAAAUUGUAAAUAGAAUUCAUGAAAAAGCUUUUACUAUUAAAAUACCAGAAAAGUAUAUCAUUUAAAUGAGUGAUUACAAUGAAUAUUAUUAAAUCAAAGAAGAUACAAUAGAAAACUUUCUUGAAAAUAAAUUAGAAAUCAUAGCUGAUUAGAUCAUUUAAGAAAUUUAAUAAUCUAAAAGAACUACUCCAAAAAUAAUGAGCCAUAAAACUAGUGAAAUUUAUGAACCCAUCGAAUAACCAACAACAAUCUAAUAAAUUGAAGAUUUAAUCAAAACUGAACCAAAUAUUGUCCAUUAAUAAGAAAUUAUUAAAUAAGAUUCUCCAAAAAUUGAAUAAAUUAUCCCUGAUAGGAAAGUUUCUAAUAAAAAAAGUAGAUAAAGAAAAAAAAAUUAAUAAACUAAAAAUGAUAAAAAUCUAUCAGAAUAAUCUAGUUUAUCUGAAAUAAUGGAUUCAUCUUUAAAAAAUUCUAAUAUUAAAGAUAAUGAUGAUAUUAGAAGAAGAAGAAAAGAAAAAUCUAAAAUUACUGAUUAAGCAUAAAUUGAAGAAGAAGAAUAAGAUCUCAUACAAAAAGAAAUUGAGAAGCAAAAAAAAUAAAAAAUUAUUAAAAAACUUAGAGAAUUCAAUUAAUUAUUUAAACCCUAAAUGUAUUCAAGAAGAUAAUCUGAAGAUACUAUGUUAUAAAUUGAAGAACCAAUUCUUCUUGCCUAACCAAAAUAAAAAGUUCUUAAAACAUUAAGUUUAAGACCUGCAGAUGAUACUAUAAUUAUGAAAGAAGUUUAUGAAAUAAUUAGAGUUAGAAAAUAAUAGUUGUAUGAAUAUCAAUCAGAAUAACGAAGAAAAUAAGAGCAGGCUCUUGAAAAUUCCAUAUAAAAUUAGAAUAAAAUUUAAUAAAAACCUCUAAAUUUAAUUGUUAAUGGCAAACAUAUUAGUGAAUUAAAGGAGGCAGCUGAAUUAUGGGAUUCUAAAAGAAAUUCCCCAAGAUCCUAUACAAAGUAAAGAUAAAAUUAAAAUAAUUCAACUGUUGUAGAAUAAAAAUAAGAAGAAAUAAAUGUCAAUGAAUAGAUGAAUAAUAUGAUGGAAGAAUAAAACAAUUAGACAAAUUCUCAAAAUAUGUAGGAUAAUAAUCCUGAUAAUAGUAUUAAUUACCAAUAGAUUAUUAAUGAAAAAUUAAUAAGUUUAGAAGAAAAAUUGAAAUAAUAAUGUCAAGAUAUAUUUGAUAUUUUAUUAGCCUCUGAAUUUGUUUAUGAUGUAAAAAUUGAUGAUUACAAAAUUGGUAAACCUCAUUCAAAUAAAAUAAACCAUCCUAAUUUUAUAUUCUAGCAAGAAUAAGAUGAAAUAGUUUUUACUCAUCAGUAAUAUAAUUUAUUUAUUUAGGGUUUUAUGGAGAAGAGAAAUACAAUAAGUGAUUCCUAAACUUAAUUCUGUUAAUAAAUAAAUGUCAGUUUUGAUAAACUCAGAAGAUGAGUACGUUUAAGAUAGUUAACAGAUAAUCAGUGAAGAAGAAGAUGAAGAUAAAAGUGAUUAAAAUGAUGAUUCUAAAAUUUGA